CACCGAUGACGCUCGUGUGUCUUAAAGGACCACGAGUGUAAGUUUGAGGCAUAUUCUCACAGUCUGAUGCUUUGCGCCUGUUUUUUAAGAGCUCCGCCGUCGUGAUGAACACACCGAUGAUCAAUACCGCGAGAAAAUGGAUCGUAUCGUGCAGUUUGAACAUUUAGUGUCAUACGCCGAGGUGAAAUGAGGGUGUAAUUCGUCCAAAAUGUGACAUGGCACAAGCGCAAGGGGCUCACGGUUGGACAGCCGAGGUGUCAUCCAUCUGAUCUGAUAUGAUCACUGAUAAAUAACGCCGCGAGAUGGAUCUCCUCUCCGUUUCUCCCUGACGCGCGCGGGAGGGAGGCAGGCGGAACUGAGCAGCGUGACCACCGGCCAAUGUACCGGGGGAACGUCUUGAGAUCCGUUCCUCCGAGUUUUACGCAGCAAGGCGCGGGGAACGAUGGGCUGCGCUCCCAGCAUCCACGUCUCGCAGAGCGGGGUGAUCUACUGCCGAGACUCGGACGAGUCCAACUCGCCCCACCAGACCACCACCAUCUCGCAGGGCACGGCGACCACCCUGCACGGCCUCUUCAUCAAGACCGACGCGGCGGACACCAUCCCCCCCGUGAUCGCGUACCAAAGCAGGCACACACGGACCAACUCCCACCGGGAGCGGAAAGAGAACAGCGGCGGGCACGUGUGCACGGAGGCCGAGACUCAGACCAGCAGAUCCAGCGUCAAGGUGUCUGCAGCAGAAGAGCGUUUGGGGCCAAUGCAACUGACCCAGGAGCCCAUUCAGGUGUUACUGGUCUUUGCUAAAGAGGACAGUCAGAGCGAUGCGUUCUGGUGGGCGUGUGAGCGGGCGGGGUUCAGGUGUAACAUCGCACGAACACCUGAGUCUGCGGUGGAGUGUUUCUUGGAUAAACACCACGAGAUCAUCAUCAUUGAUGGCCGGCACUCACGGUACUUUGAGGCUGAUGCCGUCUGCCGGAUGAUUCGAGCGACCAAGCCUUCUGAACACGCUGUUAUUUUAGCAGUGAUGCCACAAACUCCCUCAGAUCAGGAGGAACCAUCUGUCCUUCCUCUUCUCUCUGCUGGCUUUUCCAGAAGGUACCUGGAGAACAGUAGUGUGUCAGUCUGUUAUAAUGAGUUAAUCCAGUUAGAACACGGAGAGGUUCGAGCCCAGUUCAAACUGAGGGCUUGUAACUCGCUUUUCACCGCAUUAGAACAGUGUCAGGAAGCCGUGGAGAUCAGCAGUGAAGAUCAUGUCAUACAAUAUGUAAAUCCAGCAUUUGAAAAGAUGAUGGGCUAUCAUAGAGCUGAACUGAUCGGUAAAGAGUUGACCGAACUGCCUAAGAGUGAGAAGAACAGCGCCGACCUGCUGGACACCAUCAACACCUGCAUCAAGAAAGGAAAGGAAUGGCAGGGGAUCGUUUUCUCACGGAGGAAGUCAGGGGACAGUAUUCAGCAAUAUGUCAGAAUCACUCCUGUGAUUGGCCAGGGAGGAAAAAUCCGCCAUUUUGUGUCCAUCAAGAGGCCUUACAGUGACAACCACAAACAGGUUCAUAAGUUGAGUAAAGAAGAGAAAAGCUGUGGUGAACACUCACAAUCAGAAUGCAAUUCCUUGCGUCACAAGGACCGGAGGAAAGAGUCUGUGGACGUCAGAUCCAUCAGCUCUCACAGCAGCGAUGCUCCCAGUCUACAGAACCGCAGAUAUUCCUCUAUGGCCAGAAUCCACUCCAUGACUAUUGAGGCACCGAUCACUAAGGUGAUAAAUAUCAUUAAUGCAGCGCAGGAGAGCAGUCCUGUGACAGUAGCUGAAGCUCUGGAUCGUGUUCUGGAGAUUCUGCGGACCACUGAACUCUACUCACCCCAACUGGCAUCAAAAGAGGACGAUCCUCACACCAAUGACCUGGUGGGGGGGCUUAUGAGUGAUGGACUCAGAAGGCUCUCUGGGAAUGAGUAUGUCUUCUCCAAAAGUGCAUUACACAAUAUGAGUCAGAGUCAACUGGCAGUGCCUGUCCCGUUAAACGACAUCCCGUCCUCCAUCGCAGAGCUGCUUAAUGAGGAGGAACGCUGGGAAUUCAAUAUCCUGGAGCUGGAAGCAGCUACUCACAAGAGGCCACUCUCAUACCUGGGGCUGAAGAUCUUCUCUGCUUUUGGCAUGUGUGAGUUCCUGAACUGCACAGAGGCCACGUUGCGCUCGUGGCUGCAGGUGAUCGAGGCUAAUUACCACGCAUCCAACUCUUACCACAACUCAACACACGCCGCAGACGUCCUGCACGCCACAGCCUACUUCCUGCGCAAGGACAGAGUCAAGGGCAGUCUUGACCAGUUGGAUGAAGUAGCAGCACUUUUGGCAGCAACCGUCCAUGACGUUGAUCACCCGGGCCGCACCAACUCAUUCCUGUGCAAUGCAGGGAGUGAGCUGGCCAUUCUGUACAACGACACGGCCGUCCUGGAGAGUCACCACGCCGCUCUAGCGUUCCAGCUUACUGUACGAGACAGCAAAUGCAACAUCUUCAAAAACAUGGAAAGGACUCAGUUUCGGACCCUACGGCAGGCAAUAAUAGACAUGGUGUUGGCGACAGAAAUGACGCGACACUUCGAACACGUCAAUAAGUUCGUAAACAGCAUCAACAAACCCAUGAGUGCCAUUGAGGAGACGAGCUCCAAUAGUGAAGGCAGUGAUUGUGAGGGUCCGGCCAGUAUUCGCAACUCUCCUGAGAACCGUCUGUUAAUUAAACGGAUGCUGAUUAAAUGUGCCGAUGUGGCCAAUCCCUGCAGGCCUCUGGAGCUCUGCAUCGAAUGGGCUGGUCGCAUUUCAGAGGAGUACUUUGCUCAGACUGACGAGGAGAAAAGACAAGGUUUGCCGGUUGUCAUGCCAGUGUUUGACCGGAAUACCUGCAGCAUUCCUAAAUCCCAAAUCUCAUUUAUCGACUAUUUCAUCAUGGACAUGUUUGAUGCCUGGGAUGCCUUUGCCAGUUUGCCAGGUCUGAUGGAGCAUUUGGCAGAGAACUACAAAUACUGGAAGAACUUGGAUGAGAUGAAAUGUAAAAGUCUGCGGCCUCCACCUCUUCCGUGACUCCUUUGCCAUCAAGGUCAAAGGUCAGAGGAAUGCAGCAUCUCUUCCGGCCCUCCAAGAUUCCAUCCAUAGAGCACAGAUAAGCAGCCCUGUUUCCCUGACGACGCUCCGCCUCAAUCGACAAUCGCCCCGGUAACAAGGGUAAAACACAAACAAACGACUAAACGAAUGCACUUUAUCAGCAUAGAGUUCUCUUCCAGCAUCUUUUCACUUUCUUCUCUUCUCUUUUUUUUAAAAUUCCUUUGUUCUCCCACUGUUUUUAAUGAUUUCUGGAGAGUAAUUUUUUUUGCAAUGUCUGACACAAGAAGACUGAUCUUAAUCCAGUAGAGGACUGUAUCUUCUAUUUUCGUAAAAAUAUGGGACUGAAGGGUGAAUGCUCAGAGAGAUUUGUGUCUAUACACAUGCACACAUAACAUUAACAGACAUGUGGAACCACAGAUCCAAAUGCCAAAAGGGUUUUAUUUGGACUCUGAAGCAGGAGAAAAACUGAAUGUCAGUGGGACUGAGCUACUUUGGAAACCAAAAAGGACCCAGUAGUGAGCCCUGAGGCACGCCACAUUUUCCCCCUUAUUGAUUUUGUUAAAAUUCAACACGAAUGGAAUAUUUUGACAAUAUUAUUGACAGAAGCAAAUGUCAGGUUGCCAAAACAGAAGAACCUUUGUAGACGCAUUUGUAAUCGGACAAUUAAUUGGAAUUGGCCAGCACUGAAUGUGAUCCAGUGUGCGAGAUUGUAAAAUCUGCGACGGAUCAGCCCACUGUGGGCCGUCAUUAUUCUGGCACUUUCUGUAUCAGAACUACUCAAGCCUUUCUCAGACUCCGAGGACUGGUGUGUAAUAAUCAAUAAUUUUGAUAUAAAUAGCCAAUAAUAGCAAAGAAUAUAUUUCUCAGAAACACUGUAUAUCCAGACACAUACUGUAAUAACGUGAAUCAUGAUGAUGCGUGUGUAUAAGCAAAAGAGGAAGUGUGUUUAUGUUACAAUGUGCUUAGUGAUGAAUGUAUUAGAAUAAUUUUUACAUUUUACACAUGACAGUUAACAUUCCUACUUCAUGUAACAGUCUGUACGGAUGCAACAUUCCCUUAUCUUCAGAGUUAUACUGUGUGUAAACAUAAAAUCCAGCGCAGCCUCAUAACGAUACCACCAACACAUUGACAUUUGCUUAUGUUGAUAGUUGGGAUUUCACAUAUUUUAGGUGUUACAUGAUUUUUAAGUAUUAUUUAUUUACAAAUGUGCUCAGCUGUAAAUCGCUGUUGUAAUCUUUUACCAUAGACCCGUAUUGCUGAUGAGCUUCAAAAGCUCAUUUUUUGUAGGCCAAAAACCAGCGCCAAAGGUGCGUUUAUAAUCAAACACGAUGAUGAGUUUUAAACAGAUGUUUGGCUGAAGCCAUUUAGACUGGAAAAAGAACUAGUUUAGAUUUCUAAAAAAUCUGUCACUCAAGACAUAAAAAAAAAAUGUUUUUAUUAAACAUAGCUGUUGGUGUCAUUUGUUAUUUGCACACCUAUUUUUUACCGGGUUACAUUUGGACACAGCCGAAUUGCACUGGCUCGCAGGCAAGCUUAGUAGAAAUGUAUUAAAUGUUUAUAUUCAGUUGCCAUUUGGCCUUUUACUCUUUAUUCAUUGUCGUAAAGGAGCUCUUGAGAAAUUCAUCUUCACAGUUCUAGAACACCAGCAUGACACCACACGAGUUCUGUUAGGUUCUGCACCGAGGGUUCUAAAUGUGAUGACAUCAUAAUGACUUAAAGAAUUCUGGCACGCAUCACAAAGGCAGAUGAUUUCACGAUGCCCUUGUAAGAUGGCAGCUGUCAUUUUUGUUGUGAAGCGCUCCGGACAGCAUUGUGCGGUUAAAGGCAUGCGGUGCACAUUCAGCAGCUCGCAGGGUUUUGAUUUUUCCUCUUUCCUGUUCUCUCAUCCUUCCUGAUUCUAUCCGUUUCCCUCCCUUUUUCUUUUUUCUUUAAUGUGCUCACAAGGGUAGAGCAGUAGUUUUGGAAGCACUUUUGAAGCCUGUAUCUCUAAUAUAUAAAGCAUUCUUGAUGCAUUAUAAAGUUAAAAUCAGUAGGUAUCAGUUUAUAUUGAGAUUUGAAAAUCAUCAUAUUCAUCUAAAUCAGACAAUGUUUGUAGCGGAUAAUAUCAGAGAUUUUUUCUAAUAAAAAAAAUUGUUUGAUUAAAUAUUUCCGUUUAACCGCUGGUAUACAUUAUGAUUUAACACAUGAAACUGGGUUAUAAUUAAGGCAUUAUGCUUUUUAAAGAUACAACUGAAAUUAAAUAUACAUUGUAAUGAAUUGCAACUUUGGUUACAGUCAUGCAUAAGAACAUACAACUGAUUUUAUAAAUGCAUUAAGAUUUCCUUUAUGAUAUACUAUAUAUGCAUUUUGACCCAUUUUUGCCAGUUUAUUGCUAUGAAUGCUGCAGUAUGCAGAUUAUGGUGGAUGCUCUUGUCGCCCUCUAGUGGUAAAUCCAGAGAUCCGCACACAUUAUUGAACUCCAAUGACGCUGUUGAAUAGUUUUUACAUAACUAUGAAAUAACAAGUAUCAAAGAACUUGUGUUUGUUUGUGUUUUAGGAGAAAUUAUGUUUUUUUGUUUGUUUUUUUUAAUAGCAGUAUAAUCAUGUUACCUAAAGCUCUUGUCAAGAAAAGUACCACAAAUAAAACUCUUAAUUGACACUACCAGUCAAACGCUUGGAUGCACUUUGUUUAAGAUAUUAAAUGAUUGAAGUAGUUUUGAAAUUUAAAUUGUGCCUACUUUACCUCAUCAGGAUGAAGACUGAAGACUGGAGUAAUGGCUGCUGAAAAAAUAGCUUUGCCAUUAAAAGGAAUAAAUACAUUUUUAAACAUAUUCAAAUAGAAAAAGGUUAUUUUAAAUUGCAAUAAUACUUCAAAAUAUUACUGUAAUCUAAUAAAUUUAUGUAUUUUAUUAAUUAUUAAUAUAUUUUGUAAUAUAUAUAUAUUUUUUUUUUCAAAGUCAUAAUGAAGAAUAAGAAGGUGUGUCCAAUUGUUUGACUGGUAGAAAACACAAAUGUGCCCCUUAUGGUCAUGUCAUGUCAUUUUAUCGAGUAAUGUUCAGAGUUCGCUGUAGGUUUGACAUCCUGUAGUGCAAAAUGUUAUGAAUUUCCAUUUUACAUUCUGGUCCAUCGCGCCUCUGUAUUGAUUGAACAAAGGUAACCUGUAACGCACAAUGAACAAAUGCCAGUGGAGGAGAUUUGGUUUGAUUUGGGGUUUAGAGCCGACUGAGAUAAAGCCAUAGAACAUUCUAGAACUAAUCAUGGAAGUGCAGGGUAGAAAAUAAUGAAUCUCUUCCUGUCCUCCACCCUGCUUCUCCUCUCUCUUCCUGUCUUGCGGUGUUUAAAAAAGCUCCCGUGUUUUCCUACUUCAUAAAUAAUCAUUAUAUUGCAUUCUCAAACCCAGGGUUUAUAGGUAAUUUAAAGUACAAAAUGCAAUCGUGGAAAAUCCCUUUUUAAGCUUGGAUGUGUGUUACAGUAGUUUACAUAAAUGUUCCAGAUAACUUAAAAUCAGAAAUGUAAAGCCUUUAUUUAUAUAUAAAUGUAUAAAGUAUAAAGAAUUAAUACUCACACGAAAGCUAUAUAUAUUAAUGUUUUCACAUUUACACAUUUGAAUAUUGGUUUGAUAUUUAUUGUCAACUAAAGGUUUUCUUUCAAAAUACUGACUGAAUUAAGACAAAAAUCAUGACUAAAAAUUACAUAACGAGAAGUGUCUGUAUUCAUAUGAUGCUUCAGUAGAUUAAGACGGAGUGUUUUAUUUUAUUUAAAAAAGCAAAUAUUAAAUAUAUUAAUUUUUUUAUGCAAACAGUGUACUUUAAAGUUUCAAAGGUCUUUAAAACAGAAAUGUAAAGCUCAUAUUUAUAAAAAAUAAAAUAAUAAUAAUUUAUAAUUAUAUACAGUAAGUCAUGAUUUUUCAUCUGGAACUACUUUUAAUUUUUUAUAAUAAUAAUCAAGAGGGACAGUCAAAGUUAUUUUUGAUUUGAAAACAAUAUGUUGCCAAUAAAUGCUGUUGAGAGCCAGAACAUGUAUUUGGUGGUGGUUAGUGUAUCUAGUGUAGUUUCACCCUUUAGGUUUAUAUUUUUAGUAUAUUCAGUUUCAGUUGCGUCUUAUUUCAGAUUUAAAUGGACUAUCUUCCUAUCUUCAGAAACUCUCAGGCUCAUGGGAAGUGUUCAUGCUCUGUCCAUUAUCACUGUGUGUUAUAAAACACAUUUUCAACUACCUAAAGUAUUGAAAAAAAUCAUUAAUGACUGAUCAGUCCAUAGUUGAAUUGAAAUGCUGUUGUGAAUCUUUUCAAAGUGUCAUCCGUCACACGUCAUGAUCAAAGGGCUCCCUAUUAGCGUACCAUGAUGACCUCACAGUGACAUCAUAAUCGGGGGCGGGUCUUGAGUCGCAGCCUGUUUCAUUAGUGAAGGUGAACGAGAGUUGAUGGGUGCAGCUUUUGUGCCAAAUACUGUAUUCUUGAAGUACAGGGGAUGAACACUAGCAUCAUCCCUUGCGCAAAUGUAUAUAAACUAUUUUUUAUUGAACAAAAAAAAAAUUGUCUCAUGUCAUUUAACAGGUUUGUUUUGUUGAAGGAUAUUAUUUUAUUGUAUUGUCAGUUGUACAAAGAAAAGAUUCAGUGUUGCAUAAAAUGUCUGUUUGCUUUAUUUACUUCUGUUUGAUUCUGUCUCUGCGUCUGCUGUUGUUUGGAGACGCCACUCCAACUCUGAAACCAUUGUGUUUGUGAGACACACACACACACACAAAAGAUAUUACAAAAAUUGCAAUAAAGUGAUUUGAUUGAAUUAACCUGGAAA